CACGCGCUCUCUCUUCUCCCUCCGCAUCCGCGACUCCGACGACGACGAGUCACGAGAGGGGAGGCUCGUUCUUGAUCCAUGGCGGGCUCCUCCUCCGAGCUGAUCUACCGCCGCGGCCACGACGCGCAGCCGGCCGCGGGUGACGUUGACGGCUGCGGCGUGAUGGCCGCCGCCGGGUACUCAUCAUCGGCCAAGCCGCCGCACAAGCCACCACUCGGCCCGCUGCGGUAUCUGCUCGCCGAGCAGCGGCUGGUGUUCGCGCUCGUCGGCAUGGCCAUCGCGUCGCUGGUCUUCCUCCUGGCGGCUCCGUCGUCGGGGAACGGAGGCCGCCACGAGGUGAUGAACGGCGGCGCGGCGCGGCUGGCGGCGGCGGGGCUGGCGGUGCGGCAGUACUCCGGCGUGGCGGCGGCGGCGGCGGGGGCGCGCGUGCCGCUGGGGCUGAAGAAGAAGGGGCUCCGCGUGGUGGUGACGGGGGGAGCCGGGUUCGUGGGGAGCCACCUGGUGGACCGGCUGCUGGCGCGCGGCGACAGCGUGAUGGUGGUGGACAACCUGUUCACGGGGAGGAAGGAGAACGUGCUGCACCACGCCGGCAACCCGAACUUCGAGAUGAUCCGGCACGACGUCGUGGAGCCGAUCCUCCUGGAGGUGGACCAGAUCUACCACCUGGCGUGCCCGGCGUCCCCCGUGCACUACAAGCACAACCCCGUCAAGACCAUCAAGACCAACGUCGUCGGCACCCUCAACAUGCUCGGCCUCGCCAAGCGCGUCGGCGCCCGCUUCCUCCUCACCAGCACCAGCGAGGUCUACGGCGACCCGCUCCAGCACCCCCAGGUCGAGACCUACUGGGGCAACGUCAACCCCAUCGGGGUGAGAAGCUGCUACGACGAGGGGAAGAGGACGGCGGAGACACUGACCAUGGACUACCACCGUGGCGCCAACCUCGAGGUGAGGAUUGCUCGGAUCUUCAACACCUACGGCCCCCGUAUGUGCAUCGACGAUGGCCGGGUCGUCAGCAACUUUGUCGCCCAGGCACUGAGGAAGGAGCCCUUGACGGUGUACGGCGACGGUAAGCAGACGAGGAGCUUCCAGUACGUCUCCGAUCUGGUGGAGGGGUUGAUGAAGCUGAUGGAAGGGGAGCACGUAGGGCCAUUCAACCUGGGAAACCCAGGGGAGUUCACAAUGCUGGAGCUUGCCAAGGUGGUGCAGGACACCAUCGACCCAAACGCGCGGAUCGAGUUCAGGCCGAACACCGCCGACGACCCGCACAAGCGGAAGCCGGACAUCAGCCGCGCCAAGGAGCUCCUCGGCUGGGAGCCCAAGAUCCCCCUCCACAAGGGCCUCCCGCUCAUGGUCCAGGACUUCCGCGACCGCAUCUUCGGCGACCACAAGCCCCACUCCGUCGCCGGCGACAACUGAAUCUGAAUCUGAACUCGAUCGAUCUUAUCUCACCGGCAUUUUCUGUAGAAGUUGAUCAAGAUAUACACAGUACUACCAGCAUAGAAGAAGCAGGAGCAGCAGCUAGCAGUACUGGUGAGUGGUGACUGAUAGAUCCAUGAAUGGCUGCAUUGCAAGAAUGGGGAUGGGAUCGCGUCAGAAUCGAACCAAUACGCAAGCUCAUGUUUGUAGGAGUUGAAUAUUUUAUCUAUGCUGCGGAAUUAAGCAAGCAUGAUACAAGAUAUAUGUAGGUCGUCGCUGGAGUGGUAGCUGGGAUGCAGCACGAGAUCGCCCUGUUAUUUCUUAGUUUUGCGUUUUUACAUGUCCGAUGUUUUACUCUCUUUUUGGGGGAAUGCAUGAUAGCUGUAAGUUAUUCGUUCUGUUGUUUUACGUGCUUUCGUUAUGUGGAACUUGUCAAUCAAGGAGAAUGCAUGUGUUACUUCGUUCUGUGUUUGCGAUGA